CUCGUUCUUUCGUCCGCCCUUGAGCGCCGCCAAACGUCUUCCAACACAGCUACAAUCGACCUCUUCAAGGGUCGUGGGUCGCCGAAGCACUUGGCUUCUGGUUUUAUCUACGGCAUUCCUGACUCCGGGUUUGGCCACUCCCCGACCCAGAUCCCUGAUCACUUUUACUCUGACAUGGGCUUUAACUAUGCCCGUGCUGGAGGCGCACAGAUC